ACCCGGAUUCACGCUCAACAUUCACACGCACGACAUUAGCCACAUAUGGAAAUGAAAGAGGACGUUCAUUUAGCCGGAUGUGGUUAUGCAUAGCGGUCGCCUGACGUUUGACAUCUGCACCUGUAAGACAAAGACGAGAGGAGAACAAGUCCCCGGCCAAUAGCGUCAUAUCCUCUCGCCGGCGGAUGCUGAUGACGCAAUAAUCUGCGCUUGUAAACAUGGAGGAGAGAGAAGCGCUGAAGAGACAAAUCGAUCUUUUACAGAACUUAAUAAACCGCCACAAGAGCGUCCAUGGCGAUGCUCCUUCUUCUAGAGCAGCGGCUCCAUACACAGGAAGUGCUGCAUUUGCUAGAAGUCAUGCGGCAACAUCAUCUCAGAGUGUCAACUUCAGGGCGACUCAGUACGCUCCGCAGAGUCGUGGCAGCUGGAGAAGGACGUACUCUUUGAGAAAUAAGAACUUGCAAACCUCUACACCUUCACCAGCAACUGCUACUGCACCAGCGGUUUCUCACAUAUCACCUGCUAAUGUUAGUAAAGUUGCUAGCACGGUGUCAACAGGAGGAGUGAGUGGGACUGUGAAACAGAAAACACUGGCAAACACAUCAACGGCAACGGCAUGCGGACAAAAAUCAUCAGGUAGAGUUUUGCAGUCUGAAGUCAAGACGGCCUACAGCCUCCAGGUGGAACCCUCACUGACAAAAAGUGCCUAUAACAAACAGACUUUUCCAGAAAAAGCAGCUUCCACACCACCAAGAAGUGCAUUGUCAAUAGAAGCAUCCAGGAAACCACCGGAGGCUCAGAACAGCCAAUGUUCUUCUCCUUAUAAAACAAAAUUCACAUGGGUGAAGAACCAGACCGGGCGAGAAGCACCCAACUAUGUAACACCUUCAACAUCUAAUGCCAGCACCAGCAACUCCUCUACACACCCUAAAAGAACCACUUCCAAGAAGCUCCGUCGAAAACUUAGUCCUGCAGCUCCACCUCCUAAAACCUCCAAGUACAGAUGGGUUUCUUCGACGGCGGGCCCCAGGACGCCCAGAAAACCUGUCGUGCCGAAAUCUGUGACUCUGAACGCAGACUCGGCGAAGAAGAUGAAACCAGGUGUUGCACUCUCAGCAAAACCUAAAAGAGGACCUGCGAGUUCUCCCGGUUACCUGCUGACCAGUCGUUUCAGCUGGAAGGCGGGCGGCGCUCCAAGAAGCCCUGCGUUAGCUGCUGGUCAUCGAACUGCUUUCUCCUGGACGUCAGAGAGGACCAGAGCAGCGAGAGCAUCUCCCACUUCAAUUCAUCGCUCUGUCUCCUCACCUGGAGGAUUCAAACUCCGCAGUCGCAUGAAGAUCAUACGCAGAUCGCCCAGCAGCGGAUCAGACAAGAGCAGCCGCACGUCACCAGCUAAGAUCUCGCCACGGACACUCAGCCUGACCAGGACUCCCAUGAGCAUGAGGAGAACACAAUCCAGAGAGCUUGUGGCUUUCGGGAGACAUAAGCUGAGGCGUCUCUCCUCCACGGCAGCUAAGACAAGCCCCGCCUCCUCAUCUCAGCGGGUCUUCAGGACGCGGUACAAGAUGGUGACCAGGCCGAACGCUAGUGUGACCCACUACAACAACCAGGCUCUUACCUGGAGAGCCAAGAGGAUCCAGACUGCCAGGAGUUUCCUCCAGAGAAGAAAGAGAACAUCCCCUCCCUCACAAAAUCUACGCUGGAAAGGAAGCAGCGUGUGCUGGAUUAGGGGAUCCCUCUACCGAGUGUCGGCCAACAAGCUGUCCCGCACCAUCUCCCCCAACAUGUCGAUAAACAGAACAGGUCGUGGUUCCAGCUCUCCACACACCUCUUCAGCAGGUCCAAAUCGGACCUCCAGCACUCGCCACUUGGCCAGCCGAGCCGUCCAACGGAGCCUGGCCAUCAUCCGACAUGCCCGUCAGAAGAAGCAGCCCAGGCAGUACUGCAUGUACUACAACCGCUUCGGCAAGUGUAACCGUGGCGACAGCUGCCCCUACAUCCAUGACCCCGACAAAGUGGCUGUCUGCACCAGAUUCCUGCGUGGAACCUGCAAGCAGGCGGACGGGACAUGUCCGUUCUCCCACAAGGUGGCGAAAGAGAAGAUGCCAGUGUGCUCAUACUUCCUGAAGGGAAUCUGCAACAACAACGAGUGUCCUUACAGCCAUGUCUACGUCUCGCACAAGGCCAAAGUGUGCGAAGACUUUGUCCUCGGCUACUGCCCCGCUGGAGAGAAGUGUAAGAAGAAACACACUCUGGUCUGCCCGGACUUCUCCAAAACCGGGUCCUGCCCGCAAGGAUCCCGCUGUAAGCUGCAGCACCGCCAGAGACCCAAACGCACAGCCAGCCAGGACCAGCAGCCCCCCAAGAGGCCUCGGCUGUCGACGCUGGUACCACCAGAACCUCCCCUGUCCCCCCCUGCGGGUUCCCUGGCGCUGCCUUCUUUCAUCUCCCUCUGCAGCUCCCCUGAGGACGCCGACCCGCCGGAGACUCUCCGGUCCGACACGUCCCAGUUCAAAGAGAAGAAGCUGCAGAUCAAACCUCGGCUGUGAGGCGACGGAGGCCAGCGGCCAGCAUGAGAGCUCUGAGCUUCAGGUCUGUCACUCAGGGUCUUUAUCCACUUCUUUUUGAGUUUUAAUUCAGGUCUUUGUACUUUUUAUUAAGCCUCAAUAAAACAUCAACUCCAAUGCUGCUUUCGUG